GGUUUAGAGGUCAGAGGAUCCGUGUAAUGAGGUGUUUAGGAAAAAAAAAAUAAAAGCAAAGCAGCCCUCAGAACUAGGAAUGGCUGAUGAGCCACUAACAGAAAAGCCUUAUUAAAUUGGGCUCUACUGCUGGAGGGGUUGUUGGAGCUGCUUCAGGGAUUCCAGGGAAGGGUAGCCCCCCCCCCCCAAAAAAAAAAGAGCUAGCUGGAACCAGAGCCAACAGAAUUGCUGAUGAAGAAAGUUUAAAGGCCUACCCACAAGGGUCCCUGGACCGGAGAGGUGGCAGUAGGGCUGGUAAUGUCACUAUGCUGAGCAGCAAGAAGAAAUACAUUGUCAAUGGCAACUCUGGGAUUAAAGCCCAGCAGAUCCAAUUUGCUGACCAGAAGCAAGAAUUCAACAAACGUCCCACCAAACUUGGACGUCGCUCUCUGUCUCGUUCCAUUUCUCAGUCAUCUACUGACAGCUAUAGCUCAGCGGCUUCAUAUACAGAUAGCUCUGAUGAUGAGACAUCUCCCAGGGACAAGCAGCAAAAGAACUCCAAGGGAAGUAGUGACUUCUGUGUCAAGAACAUCAAACAGGCAGAGUUUGGACGAAGAGAAAUUGAAAUUGCUGAACAAGAAAUGCCGGCACUGAUGGCUUUGAGGAAGAGAGCUCAAGGAGAAAAACCUUUGGCUGGAGCCAAGAUUGUGGGUUGCACACACAUCACUGCUCAGACUGCUGUGCUUAUGGAAACUCUAGGUGCUCUGGGGGCACAGUGCCGAUGGGCUGCCUGCAACAUCUAUUCCACUCUCAAUGAAGUGGCUGCUGCUCUAGCAGAAAGUGGAUUUCCUGUCUUUGCCUGGAAAGGAGAGUCAGAAGAUGACUUUUGGUGGUGCAUUGAUAGAUGUGUGAAUGUGGAAGGCUGGCAGCCGAACAUGAUCUUGGACGAUGGAGGGGAUCUUACUCACUGGAUUUAUAAGAAGUAUCCCAACAUGUUUAAGAAAAUCAAGGGCAUAGUAGAGGAAAGUGUUACUGGAGUCCAUAGGCUGUACCAGCUAUCCAAAGCUGGGAAGCUGUGUGUUCCAGCCAUGAAUGUCAAUGACUCAGUCACCAAACAGAAAUUUGACAACCUCUACUGUUGCCGUGAAUCAAUUCUUGAUGGACUUAAAAGGACAACAGACAUGAUGUUUGGUGGAAAGCAGGUGGUGGUUUGUGGCUAUGGAGAGGUAGGGAAGGGGUGCUGUGCUGCCUUAAAAGCCAUGGGCUCCAUUGUGUAUGUAACUGAGAUUGACCCCAUCUGUGCUCUUCAAGCCUGUAUGGAUGGAUUUCGACUGGUGAAAUUAAAUGAGGUCAUCCGACAAGUGGAUAUUGUAAUUACCUGUACAGGUAACAAGAAUGUGGUAACCAGAGAGCACUUGGAUCGCAUGAAGAAUAGCUGCAUCGUUUGUAAUAUGGGACAUUCCAACACGGAGAUUGACGUGGCGAGUCUGCGGACACCGGAACUGACCUGGGAGCGAGUGAGAUCUCAAGUUGACCAUGUAAUAUGGCCUGACGGCAAGAGGAUAGUAUUGCUGGCAGAGGGCCGUCUGCUGAAUCUAAGCUGCUCCACAGUGCCUACAUUUGUGCUUUCAAUCACCGCUACUACUCAGGCUCUUGCCUUGAUAGAGCUUUACAAUGCUCCUGAGGGUCGCUAUAAGCAGGAUGUCUACUUGUUGCCCAAGAAAAUGGAUGAGUAUGUGGCGAGCCUACACCUGCCCACCUUUGAUGCCCACCUGACAGAGCUGACAGAUGAACAGGCCAAGUACCUGGGACUCAACAAGAAUGGGCCCUUCAAGCCUAAUUACUACAGGUAUUAAGUUCCUGUAACUCAAGCCAGAAGAAGUUUUAAGGACUAGAACUCCAAGUCUUUUCUCCACUCCUAUACAGGAAAGAACCCAAGCUGCUUCUCUAAUCAGCUGCCCGCCGUGCUCACCCUAUAUGUUAGGUUAUUUAUUUAUUAAAAUCUAGAAUCCUGUGCCUGCCACCUUGGCCCAGAGUGUGGUUACUGCUCUGAGGGCUAUGAGAGCCACAGAGGACAGGCUGAGGAAGGAAAGAAAUGGGGUAACAAUUCCCAGUGCAUCUUUUGCAUCAUUCCCCAUUGACUCGGAAUCCUCAGCAAUGGUCAUUUUUCUCUUGUCCGGGCUCGGGAGUUAGUCCAGGGAUUCCAGAUUCCUUGUUCCUUGAGGUUUUCUGGAAUAAAUUUUCAGCAGCUGCUGCCUUUCUCAGCUUUGGCCUUCCCCAGGUGAGGCCUUUUGGAAGCCACUAAAUUAACAUGGCCUGGAUUCCCAGCCUUGACCAUCACUGUCACUGCCUUCUUUAUAAAAUGGCUAGGAAGGAAGGAGUGUUUUGACUUUGGCAAGCUACACUGAGAACUCAGCUGUGCCUGUGCUUACUGGGAGUCUCCUUCUUUUCCCAGGAAUCCUUUCUUCUCCUUGAAUAUUUAUGUCUAUUUUAACACUUUCUGGUUCCAAGAGGAAUGUGUCUCCAUUAUUUCCUCAGCACCUCUGGUGUUUGUCAGACAUUUGUUUUGCUGUCUUUCUAACCCAGUUAACCUCUGCUCAGGAAGUGGGGGCCAGCCCCACUGGGGCCCAUAGUUUUACUUCCUUGUCAUUUAACUGGAUGGUUCCCCUGGAAGCUCCCUCCAGAUUGGAACUGCCUCAGAAAAGGAGGGCUUAUUGUAAAACACUGCUUCUUGAAAUUUCCUGUUAUUGCCUACAACUACUUCUGAAACUGAGCAAAA